CUGAGUGAACCAGGAUAGCAAAUACCGGGACAUGCAUGUGUCCUCCACAUCAGCUGCCUUCUUUACCUUAAUCACCUGAGAAGGAUCCCAAAUUCUUAUUCAGAGUUGACUCCUUGGUGACAUUGGCUACUCUCUCAAAACCAUCAUUUCAAGGCUCAAGAGAAGCUGCGGGGUUCUUUCCAGUUUUCUUCCUGGGUGUUUUGGACAUGAGUACAUCCCAUUGAAAUAUUUUCCACCUCUAUCUACUGACAAAGAGAAGACUUGGAGCACCUCAGUCCACUGUCAACAGGACAUGAACGACCGGACCAGGAAGCUGUGACUAGGAGUCAGAAGGCUGUGCUGGUGAAAAGGCAGAAGAACCACAAGGUCAAGAACACAGUGUCAAGAUCUGGACUGCCUGGAUUCCAAUUCUGGCUUUGGACGUUCUUGCUCACUACUUGAAGGCACCUAAGUAGAAGUUCACGAAAUUCUUUGUAGACCCCAUUGAAACCACUGUCAAGUAAAUUGACCUAUGAGCGACCACGCCCUGAGGGAAAUGUCCCACACUCACCGCAGCCCUCUCCUCCCGGAGCCUCUUUCCAGCAGAUACAAACUCUAUGAGUCGGAGUUUACCAACCCUAGCUGGCCCUCAAGCCCCCAGGACACACACCCGGCCCUGCCCCUCCUGGAGAUGCCUGAGGAAAAGGAUCUCCGGUCAUCCAAUGAAGACAGCCAUAUUGUAAAAAUGGAAAAGCCCAGUGAAAGGAGUAAAAGGAGAGAAAGCGGGGCAGCCCAUCGGGGCUCUGCAGGCAUGGGGGGCAUCAGCCUCUUCCAAGCAGUGGGCUACCUCACAGGGGAGAUGAAGGAGUGCAGGAACUGGCUGAAAGAUAAGCCCCUGGCCAUGCAGUUCACAGACUGGGUCCUGAGGGGAACUGCUCAGGUGAUGUUUGUCAACAACCCUCUCAGUGGACUCAUCAUCUUCAUAGGGCUCCUGAUCCAGAAUCCCUGGUGGACAAUUGCUGGGGGCCUAGGGGCAGUGGUCUCAACCUUAACUGCCCUCGCCCUGAACCAGGACAGGUCUGCCAUCGCCUCUGGCCUCCAUGGGUACAACGGGAUGCUGGUGGGACUGCUGGUGGCUGUGUUCUCUGAGAAAUUGGACUAUUACUGGUGGCUUCUGAUUCCUGUGACCUUCACAGCCAUGACCUGCCCACUUCUUUCCAGUGCCUUGAAUUCCAUCUUCAGUAGGUGGGACCUCCCGGUCUUCACACUUCCCUUCAACAUAGCCGUGACCCUGUACCUGGCAGCCACAGGCCACUACAACCUCUUCUUCCCCACGACGCUCGUGCAGCCCAUUUCUUCAGUGCCCAAUAUCACCUGGUCAGAGAUGGAGAUGUCCUUGCUGCUACAAGCCAUUCCCAUCGGGGUCGGCCAGGUGUACGGCUGCGACAAUCCCUGGACAGGCGGUGUGUUCCUGGUGGCCCUGUUCAUCUCCUCGCCACUCAUCUGCCUGCAUGCAGCCAUUGGCUCAAUCGUGGGGAUGCUAGCAGCCCUGACGGUGGCCACGCCCUUUGAGAUGAUCUACAUGGGCCUCUGGAGCUACAACUGUGUCCUCUCCUGCAUCGCCAUCGGGGGCAUGUUCUACGCCCUCACCUGGCAGACCCACCUGCUGGCCCUCGUCUGUGCCCUGUUCUGUGCAUACAUGGGAGCAGCCCUCUCCAACAUAAUGUCAGUGGUUGGUGUGCCACCAGGCACCUGGGCCUUCUGCCUCUCUACCCUCAUCUUCCUGCUCCUGACAACCAACAACCCAGCCAUCUACAAGCUCCCGCUCAGCAAAGUCACCUACCCAGAGGCCAACCGCAUCUACUACCUGAAAAUGAAGAGCAGUGAAGAAGAGAAGUCCCCCAGCGGUGACUAGCCAGAAAUGCUCUUUGCCUGGACCUGGUGUCUGCUCCCUGUGGUCUCAGCUCUGGGUCAAUCUGCUGCAGCACUCACCUCUUGUGCCUCUCCUUGCACCUGUGUAGAACCAGACACACCUGUACCUCCCUUCCCCAAUGCUGGUUUCUCUCUCUGCCCAAAUAGCCACAACUAUCCAUACAUGACAUUAGAGGAAGUUGGUAUGAGCUUGCCAGAGUUUUCAGAAGUAAGGCAUGUGCUUUACAUGUCAUUGUCUUAAAAACAUUUCUAUUUAGUCUUUUGGAAAGAUGAUUACAAGAUGAUCUUUGAGCAUGUUUAACUGAAUAAUAGAUGCUGUAAAACUGAACUUGCUAAGUGGUUCCCAGGUGGACACAGAGUAGGUGAAAAUUCAGGGGACACACGCAAAGAAUUGAAGGUGCAUCAGUGCACUGAGCUAAUGGCUGAUGAGCACACCCAGCUUUACAUAAAAGAGAGGAAUUUCACACGGAUAGAGUUUUAAAGUCCAAACAGGAACAAUCAGGGCACUGGGGUGUCUAAAUAGGAAGUCUCACACAUUCAGUGGAGACAGUGGUCAGAGGAAGGGCAAGCUGAUAUCUUCUAGCAGGAAGCAAUUAAUAAAAGUUAGAUUCUGUAUCUGACUUUUACUAUAAAGGAUAAAGUGGUGAAGGAUAAGCCUUUCUCAGCAUAAGUCAAACCAGCAACUUUGAGCAGAGAUCCUGGUUGACAAAAGUAUCUGAGCUCAGAGGGUGAAAAGCUGGGGCAAUUUAUCUCAUUUUCCUGUUUGCUUGUGGGUGUUGGAAGUUUUAUGAGGGCUGUGAUACUUAAAACAAAUGGUUAGCCUGAGUAGAAGGACAAACUGUGAUCCAUGAAGUUCAUAAUUUGACUUCCCAAUUACAUCAUUAGCCUACAUUGUCUUUAUUUAUAUGUAUUAUCAGGGCUCAGCAAACUUUUUCUGGAAAGGGUCAAAUAGUAAAUAGUUUUGGUUCUGGAGGCCUUACUGUGUCUUUAGCAAAGACUCACCUGCAUCAUUGGAGCAUGACACAGCCUUAGACAUGAGCGUGGUUGUGUUCCAAGAAGACUUUAUUAAACAAGCAAAACCUGUAUUUGGCCCACAAGCCUGAGUUUGCCAGUGCCUGACGUGGAUGCUCCCCAUGAGAAUGAUCAGGAGCUCGUGAGCAGAGGGCAGGCCCAAAAAGAUGACACCAAGUUCUUUACCACAGACACCCACAUAGCCUUUCUUUGCUGGGUUAUAGUGGAAGAUUUUUAGGAAAGUGAGAUUAGUAUGAUGGGAUCAGAAAAGUCUGCUCUGAGGCUCUUUGACAGACCCAGCAUACAAUGGGCUACACCAGGCCUUCCUUCCACAGUAAUGUCUGGGAACCACCCCUCCUCUGUCCCCUCACUCUGUUUUCACCUCUGCCAGCAGAUGCACACCAGGAGAGGAAGAGAAAACUGACCUUUGGUGCAGGAGUUUCCAGCAGGAAGAGCAGGGAGGCUCCUAGAAUCCCAGGCUUGAAGGGGAGCUUUGAAGGCCAGAUGGUCCUGCCCUUCUGGGAUUCAUGAAUCCCUCUCUACAGAGGACAGAGGCUUCAGUUCCCUGCUGGGCUUCCAGACAGGGCUCAAUUACCCAAAAGGGAGGGGGACCCCCCAAAUAUUCUAACGAGAGAUAACAGAACCAGAUAACCCCAUUCAUUCAUUCGUUACGGACAAACUGUGCCCAGAAAUCUGCUUUCCUUUCCUUCAAGCCCAUGAGACGCUCCACCCCAAGAAUGGGAUCUGAUGGGAGCUGGGUUUUAACCCUGCUUUAUAUUGGAUUUCCAGGACAGGAAAACUAUUUGGAUAUAAAAAAAUCCUUUCAGUUCACUUAGACCAGAUUCUCUCUCUCCUUUCCUUUCCUGCCCCACGUCUCUGUUGCUGACAAGGUCACAGCUAUCUUGGUUGCUUUUUUUCUCCCACAUCCCUGCUUCCACCCCCAUAGAAAUUAAAUGUUAAACUGCUUUGCCAGCUGCCAAAUUCAUGUGAGGAAAAAUGGGUAAGAGCUAAGUGAUUCAGAAGAAGGAAAAAGCACGUCCAGCAAGUCUGGAAACACCACUGGGCCUUAGAAAUUCUGUAAUACACUAUGAUCCAGAUGACCAGAUAUUUAUGUAGAAAUAGGAAAAUAUCUACUCAUUUGAAAUAAGAAAGAACUGCCUGGAUGAAGUAUUACUAAUCACUGAAUUCACUUGCCAAGAGAUGUCGUCUAGGAAUAAUGAAAUGUUUAAAAAAAAAAUCUUUUGUGACUAAGAGGCAGAAAAUUGAUGGUAUUUCCCAAAUGUGGUCAAAUAAGCUCCUCCUGGAGCAGAACAAAUCUUAUUAAGCCAGUCUGGCAGGCAGAUGCUGCAUCUCUCUUGUGGGCAUGGAGAAGGGUGGGGCAGAAAUGCAAAUCCCCACUCCUCUAAGAAAAGUCUGCCCCUCGCAGGUCACCCUGCCCAGUGGCCGUGGAGAGAUGCCCAGAGGUCCUCUGAAGUUGCCCAAAUAGUGAUAGGAGGUUUGGAGAGCUCUCUGGAGUGACCCUGUCCUGCCUUGACCAGCACCUUCCCAUCCCACUGAUGAGUAGGAUGGAUCAGUAGGGGGGCAGAGGCCUUAACCACAGAGACACCACCGACGAGAGAUUGCACAGGAGUGAGUCGCCAGGAUAGAAGGGAGGAGAGCUUUGGGGGCCGCAUCCAAUCCAUUGGAUUACCCCCAAUGGGGCAAUCGCCCCAAACUCCAGACAGCAGCUUUUAGGUAGCCACAUAGUAGUGAACACAAAUAUGGCUGAACAUAAAGUCAUUACAGAGAAUAGGAACGUAUGUUGGGCAGCAGGGGCAGUGGAGGAGGUGCUGCCCAAAACUGUCCCUAACACACGCCCCUCUCCCUCUCUCCACUGUCCCUUCCCCAGAUCUUCUCAUCUCCUCCUUCUGACCUCAUCAUCUCGCCCCUCCUCUGCUGCCAUUUCCAUCUGCCUUCUUCCCCAGCAGACGAGGGCUGCUGUCUCCCAUGAAACUCUUGUCCUGCUGUACUUUUAAAUCUUCCAUCUUGACUCGUCUUUUAAUUUCUCUGAUAACCGACAUAGUUGAGUUUUCUACUUUCUCUUGGUCAAACUUCAGAGUUUGUUUGCGAGGGAAUAACCUGUUUUCUUUAGAUUUACAACACUGUUGCCAUGCUCUUACUCAUUAGUCUCUCUUACCAUGAUUUCAAUCUCUCCUGUAUGUAUGGCUGUAUCUUUCCAAUCUUACGGAAACUUGCUCUUUCUUUUACUUAAUCAAGUUCAUGAUUUUUAAAAAUUUUAUUUGAAUUCAGGGGAUCCCUGGUGUCUAGUGCCUCCCUUCGGCCCAA